UCAUUCUCUACCUGCAAGUGGAAGUCCUGCAUCUCUAUCUACACAGCCUAGCCUCCCCGGUGUGACGGCUCAUGGCGCUGGACGAGUAGCCUUGUCUCGUGCCAGCUACGUACACCGGCCGGAGAAGUGCACUACACUACACCACACCACACCACGCUUCGCGUAGCUGCAUGCUUUGCGAUUCCCGCGCACACGAUACACCCUGGUGCUGUCGCCGCCGGAUCGCCUUUUGCCUUGGGCUUCCGUCCUUCACCAGCACGCGGCCCACGUUCCCUUCUCCUCUUUAAGCACCCCCGCCUUUUCCCUCCCCUUUCCACCUCCGUGGCUCCGUCCUUCGAGGUUCGACCACUUCCCGGAUUGCUUCCCCCACUCACCUAUCAGACUAUUCCUUCCCCUUCCCGAGCCGAGCCUCUCGCUGCAUUGCAUUGCACCGACAAGAUCUGAGUCGAGUCGGUGAGCACUGAGUAAGCUAGCUGCCGGUAAAGAUCGGGGAUGGCGGUCGGGAGUGGCAGCUGCAGGUCGCUGCUGCGCGGUUUCGUGUCCCUCUUCUUCCUCCUGUUCCUUCACAUUGGCCACGCCGGCUGCUGCUUCUCCCCCGGGCCUGCCUCGCGGCCGCGGGAGGAGGGCGACGCCGCGGACGCGGAUGCCGAUGGGAAGGUCGGCGGCGGCAGCAACAAGAGGAGGAAGAUAUCGCCUCUGGCUUGCUCCCCGGCGGCGUCCUCCUCUGUCGUCGUGGAAGAGAGGCGCAGGCAGGUCUCGUCCCUCGCCACCAGCCUCCGGUUCUACCUUCACCGCAUCUUCUCUUCCUCCAGGGCCAAGACUGCCGUUCCGGUCAGUGAGGAGGAAGAGGCCGUGACCACCACCUUGUCGUCGCCGCUCGCGCAGUCUUUGGCUCAGCCCUCGGCGUCGGUGGUGUUGUCCACGCCGUCGUCGCCUUGCGCGUCGUCGCCGUUCAUGUCGCCGCUCUCGCCGCGCUCCCUCAGAAAUAGUGUCACUCCCAUGCCGUCCUCGCCGCAGAAGCUGCUGCAGGCGAGCAGGCAGUCGUCAAGAUCGUUCGCCGCCCGCGGCGACGUGUUCCCCUGCAAGGUGUGCGGCGAGGUACUGAGCAGGCCGCACCAGCUGGAGCUCCACCAGGCGAUGAGGCACUCCCUCACCGAGCUCUCCCACCUCGACUCCAGCAUGAACAUCAUCCGCAUGAUCUUCCUCGCCGGGUGGAAGUCCGCCGCGUCCGGCGUCGGCGAGCCCCCUGUGGUCCGGCGCAUCCUCAGGAUCCACCACAACCCCCGCGCGCUGAACCGCUUCGAGGAGUACCGCGACCUCGUCCGCGCCCGCGCCGCCCGGCGCUGCGCGGGCGGCUCCUCCGGCGAAGGCGCCGUCGUGGAAGAGAGGUGCAUCGCGGACGGCAAUGAACGCCUGCGCUUCCACUGCUCCACCAUGCUCUGCUCCCUGGGCGGCGCCGGCGGCGUGUGCGGGAGCCCCUACUGCUGCGUCUGCAGCACCCUGCGGCACGGGUUCGCGGGGAAGCAGGCCGACGUGGACGGCAUCGCCACCUACGCCUCCGCGUGGGCCGCGCACGCGUCCCUGCCCGAGGACGUGGAGCGCGAGUUCGCGUUCCUCCAAGUGCGCCGCGCCAUGCUGGUGUGCCGCGUCGUGGCGGGGCGCGUCGGCCGCGGCGCCGCGGACGACAAGGUGGCCUACGACUCCCUGGUGCCCCUGCGCGGCGGCGUCAGCGGCGGCCGGGGUGACGACGACGUCAAGCUGCUGGUGUUCAACCCCAGAGCGGUGCUCCCUUGCUUCGUCAUCAUCUACAGCAGCGGCUAGUCGGUAGCCACGAGGCGGCCAGCCUGCGCGCAGUACUAGCGUAUAGCCUUUCACUCUUUCUUGCCCCCUCCGUUUGGUGGCUGUGGUCACCGGUCACUGACCACGGCGCGGGUGCGGUCGUGGGGAGUCCUCGGCUCAAUUAUGGCGGCAAAAUGGCUCGCUCGCCUGUCCCAGAGCUCCGGAUUUCUUGCUGGAUCGUGCAAUCAGCAGUCGGCAGUGGCACUGCCCAUUGGCCAUUGCCUACUUGGCUGGAUCGGAUCGAGGCGUCGGGCACUUGAUAGGUUACCCGAGUGAUCUGAUGACGUUGAGUACUUGAGCUGAGCCUACCAUGGGACGCACCAUAGCCAUAAGUUAUGUAGUGUGGUUGGCAUGUUUUUGUAGCUGUUACUGUUGUCGGUCCCUUGUCAACUGUUUUGCUACAUGUUCUACUGGUCUCUGUCCAAUUGUCCUCACUUCUCGUUUGCUGUUGGUGUCUUUGGAUUUGCAUCUCUCAUGCACGUACGGUGCCUAGUCAUUAGAAUAGUGCAUACUACAAACAGCAUUUAAACAGCACUAGGGGUGACAAUUGGUCACAUAAGAUACGGUUCAGCUAAAACCCAUCCAUCAGAAAACCUGAAACUCAAAAUCCGACCCACAUCCAAAGUGUUAAUCGGGUUGAAACAUGCUCUGGUACCUCAAUCCAAUGGGAGCCAAAA